AUGAAGCAUGGGAUCGCCUUCCGCAAGUUCUCGAGGACGUCCUCGCACAGAAUGCUCAUGCUGAGGAAUCUGGUCACCUCACUUUUCGAGCACGAGCAGAUCAAGACCACGCUGCCUAAAGCGAGGGAUACUGCGAGGCUGGCGGAGAAGAUCAUCACCAUGGGCAAGAAGGGCAGCCUCCCUGCAUACCGACGUGCGAAUGCGUUCCUGCUCAAGCCAGCACUACUUCCAAAAGUGUUCAAAGACUUUGCACAGCGCUAUGCGGACCGCCCUGGUGGGUAUACACGGAUACACAAGUUUGGUAACCGUCCAGGUGACAAUGCACCGCAUGCAAUCCUCGAGCUGGUCGACAACCCACGAGACCUACGGUUCGAGAUGACUGCGCGUGCCGUCGGAUGGGAGUUGCUGGGGAAGCGGCUGGGUCCCGGCGGCCCGAAGGCGCUAGCCAGGUCUGGCAUUACAGACCUUGAGCAAAUUGUAGAAAAGGAGCGAACACUGGGGCCGGAUCAACGAGGUGAAUUGCGAGCGAAGACACGAUGGAACGUGCAAAAGCUCUUGCGGUUUAGAAGUGCAGAUGCGGCGGCGACGUUGGUAGCAAAGGCUGAGGACCAUGCAGACACGCUACUUGCGCGACCACUUGCCUCCAAGGAGGCUGUCGAGAAGGACGCCAACGAUGGUGACGAAACACCGUAUGCGGGCCUCAAAUCCUUGAGACUGAAGGCAGGUCAGACGUUGCCGGGAGGAGCGCGAAGCGCCCUCAGUCUCGCCCAAGGAGCACUAGGCAAAGAGGUUACUGGCCGCCCGAGGUGGUUCGAGCGGAGAAAACUAGGCAUAGACAAGGCUACCAUCUGGGAUCAGGCUUGA